CCUCCUUUAAUGAUUCAGACACACAGAGACUGGACAGACAGAAGGAAUAGAGGCAGUCCUCCUUUAAUGAUUCAGACACACAGAGACUGGACAGAGUGAAGGAAUAGAGGCAGUCCUCCUUUAAUGAUUCACUGCAUCAGGAUCAAACUCAGAAUGAAAGUCCAACAGGUUUUGUUCUUCUGCUUCUUAUCAGCAGCACUGCAAGAUGGAAACUCUGGACUCAGCAAUGCAGUGAGUGUUUUUGCUGGAGCUGAAGGAGGAAAGGGUUCAAUGGCUUGCUCCUUCAGAGCAUCUGGAGACACCGCGUUCUUCUGUAAAGGAGAAUGUAAAGGAGACGGUAUCCUCAUUAAAACAGAAGACAGCAUGGCUCGGAGCGGCAGAUACAACGUUAGAUAUGAAGACGGAUCUUCUGGCAAAAGACAAGUGACGGUGACCAUCACACAGCUCAGCAAGUCGGACGAAGGACGGUACAAAUGUGGUUUGGGUGGAUCUUUGGUCCCAGAUGUUUAUGAUGACUUUCACCUCAUGAUUACAGACGAAGCAACGUUGGGUUCAAACGAUACCUUCAUCCUUACAGAAACGGUGGGAGGAAGAGUCACAGUAACAUGCAGGGCUGCUGUGCAUAAAGAAAGGAGGUUCUUCUGUAGAGGUGAAUGUACUAAAGAAGAAGAUGUCCUGCUCGAAAUACAGAAGACAGUAGCUCACAGUGGCAGAUACGGCAUUGAAUUUAAAGAAGAUAAAGACUACGGACUGCAUGUGACCAUCACACAGCUGAGGAAGUCGGACACAGGAAUGUACAAGUGUGGCUACGGCAGUCCUUUGGCUCCUCUUUCAGUCUACUCCUUCCCGAUCAUUGUUGUAGAUGCUCCUCCCACUCCAGAACCAAAACGGACUCCUGCACCGUUUACCGCCUCGGUCCCAUCAGCCUCCACACCAGCACCAACACAGAACCUAGGCUUCACUCCUUCAUCAGCUGUCCCUGAAACCACCAACCAGCCUGAAGCUACAGCUGCAACCACUGAAGAACCAAACUGGACCCUCGGACCUUUCCCCACAUCCGUCCCAUCAGCCUCCACAGCAGCAACACAGAGGUCCAGCUCAGGAAGCUUCACACCUUCAUCCUCUGGACCCACAGAGCAGAUCUCAGGUUCAGUCUCAUCCACAGUCUCUGGCUCUGACUUCGUCCUGCCUCUGGUUGUGUGUGUGCUCGUAGCUGCCGGGUCUCUGGUUCCGGCUGUUCUGCUCUACAGAUGGAAGAAGAGGAGGAACUCGGAUCAGAACAGCAAGAAUGUGGAGGUCCCUGCCAUCUAUGAGAAGUUGGGUCGGGUCCCAGCAGCUUCAGACUCCAGCAGUCAGAUCGGGAGAGUUUAGAAGCUUCUGUAUUUACGCUGCUGUUAUUUUUUUUUCACAUUCACUUUUAUCUUUA